ACAAGUCACCUCACUGCAACGAUGUAAGGCAGCCCAACAUCCACCUGGGAGAAUAUUCACUAUACAUCAAAACAUUACAACACACUUCCGCGAUGAUCCGACUCGACAACACUCAAUACUUCCAUUUCCUGCAUCGAGCCAACGCUUUACGCCGCUCGGGUUCAUUGUGCGAUGCCCUCAUCUCAGUGAAGAACCAGACUUUUAAGGCUCAUCGGCUGGUGCUGGCCUGUGCUAGCAGGAGACUUGCAAAGAAACUCGCCCAGGCGGAAACAGACCAAGAGGUCCACUGUACAUUGGAGGAUCUCUCAGCCAGAACCUUCCAGCAGGUCCUGGACUUCGCCUACACGCAGAGUCUGGAGGUGUCCGAGGACGACCUGCGGCACCUGCUCGAAGCCGCUCAGUUUUUGGAGAUGCAAACAUUGGAGGAGCAGUGCCGGCGCCACUUGGACGCCCUCCUCCACAGGACGGGAGAAGUGGGCGAAAGACACGAACGAAAUAGUGAGAGUGAUGAGGAAGCGGAGGUCAAGAAAAAGAGACAUGAAGAGGAGAAACUGCAAGAGACUCCUGUGGUCAAAAACAUCACAGCGAGCAUAACUGCAGAAGAGGCAAGAAAAAAGUCCAGAUUGUCGACUUCCAGUAGAGAGAGCGUCAUCACCAGCUCAGCUUCCAAAUUGUCCUCCUCUCCUUGGACCAUCCCAAACCACAUGUGGAACUCUGUAAGCACCCUGAGACGCAUAGCCGAGAACUACUCCACCUUAAUGGGAGCUCACCCCCAGCCGGUCCCUGCAGCACACGCCACCGCCUUCCCCACAGCCCGCAUCGUCCCUCUGCUAGGAGCCCAUUUCCAGUCCCCUGCUCAGCACUCUGUAGUGGCAAGCUUGCAUCCACACUAUGCACAACAUCUUUACGUCGGCAACACGGGGACGGCGGCUAACAUCGAGACAGGCCGCCUGCAGAGGAUGAGAAAAAAGGCCAGACAGAAGGCAGACAAGACCAGUGAGAUCAGUUGCCCUGACGUGCACAAAGGCGACACGGUCAAUGACGGCAAGCACUGCAGCUCAUGUCCGCGCCGUGAUCCAGCCUCUUCGCCACCAGGUGAGGCCUGUGCACGGUGUCGCCUCUUUGUGACAGACUGUGAAUCCAAAUCCAAUGGACAAGACUUGAGAGGCGAAAGACCCUACCAGUGCCAACAUUGUCCCAAGAAGUUUAGUCUCAAACAUCAACUGGACACGCAUCACCGAAUUCACACAGGUGAGAAACCCUUCGAGUGUCGUCUGUGUGGUCAGCGCUCCCGGGACUUCUCAGCCAUAAUCAAGCACCUGCGGACUCACGGCGGGGCGUCUCCUUACCGGUGCACCCUGUGCUUGGAGUUCUGCAGCAGUCUGGUGGCCAUGCAGAGUCACGUCAAGAGGCACCCGGUGCACGACUUCCCCCCUGACUGGAGCAUCAGAAGAACCUACCUGUACACGUCACACAUCACUCAACAUUGACAUCUCAUACAAGGAAUGAUCCAUACAACGAUGCACUUACCUUCUUCUUGCAACACGUGCCAAUUGACCCACGGUGGACCUUCGGUCUGUUUUAAAAAUCAAAUGUGAUCCUUGAACAUAAAAGUUAGCCCACCUUUGGGUUAUCCAAAAUUUUUAACUUAAGACAAAAUGAUUGGCCCAUUUGAGAAAACUACGCUCAUAAUUAACUGUUGCAUAUCAAUAUUAAAAUCAAAGCUUGAAAUAAAAAUUCUUAUACAAAGGGGAAUUGGGCUACACUGAAUAAAAAAACCUAGAACUUACUAGAAAAGGAAAGCUGUAUUCAACAGACAAUAUCAGAAGUCUAACAAAGUAAAACCCCAAUUCCAAUUAAGUUGGGACAUUGUGUUAAACCUAAAUAAAAACAGAAUACAAUGAUUUGCAAAUCAUGUUCAACCUAUAUUUAAUUGAAUACACUACAAAGACAAGAUAUUGAAUGUUCAAAGUGAUAAACUUUAUUAUUUUUAGCAAAUAAUCAUUAACUUAGAAUUUUAUGGCUGCCACAUGUUAUCCAAAAUUUUUAACUAAAGACAAAAUGAUUGGCCCAUUUGAGAAAACUACGCUCAUAAGUAACUGUUGCAUAUCAAUAUUAAAAUCAAACGUUGAAAUAAAAAUUCUUAUACAAAGGGGAAUUGGGCUACACUGAAAAAAAAAAAAAACCUAGAACUUACUAGAAAAGGAAAGCUGUAUUCACCAGACAAUAUCAGAAGUCUAACAUAAAGUAAAACCCCAAUUCAAAUUAAGUUGGGACGUUGUGUUAAACCUAAAUAAAAACAGAAUACAAUGAUUUGCAAAUCAUGUUCAACCUAUAUUUAAUUGAAUACACUACAAAGACAAGAUAUUUAAUGUUCAAAGUGAUAAACUUUAUUGUUUUUAGCAAAUAAUCAUUAACUUAGAAUUUCAGGGCUGCAACACGUUCCAAAAAAGCUGGGACAGGUGGCAAAAGAGACGGAGAAAGUUGAGGAAUGCUCAUCAAACACCUGUUUGGAACACCCCACAGGUGAACAGGCUAAUUGGGAAGAGGUGGGUGCCAUGGGCAUAAAAGGAGCUUCCCUGAAUUGCUCAGUCAUUUACAAGCAAAGAUGGGGUGAGGUUCACCUCUUUGUGAACUAGUGCGUAAGAAAAUAGUCAAAUAGUUUCAGGACAAUGUUCCUCAACGUACAAUUGCAAGGAAUUUAGGGAUUUCAUCAUCUACGGUCCAUAAUAUCGUCAAAAGGUUCAGAGAAUCUGGAGAAAUCACUGCAUGUAAGCGGCAAGGCCGAAAACCAACAUUGGAUGCCCGUGACCUUCGAUCCCUCAGGCGGCACUGCAUCAAAAACCGACAUCAAUGUGUAAAGGAUAUCACCACAUGGGCUCAAGAACACUUCAGAAAACCAAUGUCAGUAAAUACAGUUCGGCGCUACAUCCGUAAGUGCAACUUGAAACUCUACUAUGCAACGCAAAAGCCAUUUAUCAACAACACCCAGAAACUUCUCUGGGCCCAAGCUCAUCUAAGAUGGACUAAUGCAAAGUGGAAAAGUGUUCUGUGGUCCGACGGGUCCACAUGUCAAUUGUUUUGGGAAAUUGUGGACGUCGUGUCACUGGGCCAAAGAGGAAAAGAACCAUCCGGACUGUUAUGGACGCAAAGUUCAAAAGCCAGCAUCUGUGAUGGUAUGGGCGUGCGUUAGUGCCAAUGGCAUGGGUAACUUACACAUCUGUCAAGGCACCAUUAAUGCUGAAAGGUACAUAGAGGUUUUGGAGAAACAUAUGGUGCCAUCCAAGCAACGUCUUUUUCAUGGACGUCCCUGCUUAUUUCAGCAAGACAAUGGCAAACCACAUUCUGCACGUGUUACAACAGCGUGGAUUCGUAGUAAAAGAGUGCGGGUACGAGAAUGGCCUGCCUGCGGUCCAGACCUGUCUCCCAUUGAAAAUGUGUGGCGCAUUAUGAAGCGUAAAAUACGACAACGGAGCCCCGGACUGUUGAACAGCUGAAGUUGUACAUCAAGCAAGAAUGGGAAAGAAGUCCACCGAAAAAGUUUCAACAAUUAGUGACCUCAGUUCCCAAACGUUUAUUGAAUGUUGUUAAGAGAAAAGGUGAUGUAACACAGUGGUAAACAUGACCCUGUCCCAGCUUUUUUGGAACAUGUGGCAGCCAUAAAAUUCCAAGUUAAUGAUUAUUUGGUCAAAACAAUAACGUUUAGCAGUUUCAACAUUAAAUAUUUUGUCUUUGUAGUGUAUUCAAUUAAAUAUAGGUUGAACAUAAUUUGCAAAUCAUUGUAUUCUGUUUUUAUUUAACGUCCCAACUUCAUUGGAAUUGGGGUUGUACAAAUUUAUCGCAACAGAAGAUUCUCAUGCAACACGACCGCUCUGCGUAACAGGCUACGUGACGACAGGCUUGCGAAACAAGGCAAUAAAGCCCUCAAACCUGCCCCAAAAGAAAGCACUGAAUACCUUGCUUCCAUUUCAAACACGCUAUCAUCUUCAAUGACAGCAAAACAAAUAAAGCUACAGCGUAUAAUGGAGAGAUAUAGUAACACACUUCGAGCGUCAAUGUCUCCCAUUACCCCAAGAUGGGUCUGGCUCACUGAAGGGAAAUAAGUGGGGUGCUCACACUUAUUGCAACUAGGCCUACAUUCAGCAUAAUGCUGAGUUGUAUUGGUUCCCAUGCCAAAUCUCAGACUUGAAGUCUGAGACACUGUGAUGUAUGACAUGAUGCAUACAUUGCAAGACCACAUUUCAGCAUGAAAUCAAACUAUUGAUAUUACUGUGAAAAGUGCCUUACGUCUUCUGACCUGAAUCUUCUCCCCUUGUGGUGAGGAUUGGACAACCCUUUCCAUACUGAUUCAAAGACAGCAACUAAAGAGCAAGCAAAGGCAUGAUUAAGUUUAACGACAAUGUUUACAUCAAUUAUCCUCAUUACUAUUUUUCAUUGAUACAAGAAGCUCAGUAAAUUUAAACCAGGAGUCGACCAAGAUAAACCUUAAAAGAAAAAAAUAAAUAAAUACACCGACCUGUGGGCGGUGUUGCCACAUCCUGUUAUUUCCUGUCACUUGAUGAUUCCUUCUCAAUGAUUCAGCAGGAAGCUCUCAGGAAAUAUCCUCUCCAGCUGAGGCUAUAAACUGCGUUAUGCAUGUGUUGUAUCCUGCAGAGUGGACUUGGCUGCUGCUCCCAUCAAAUUGUGGAGCAUCUGUUUAACCUUACACGAAAACUACCUUAAAAAUCUUCAGCACAAUUGUAGAACACUCCUAAACCUGUGAUGCCUUACCACCGAUUCAUGAGAGAUUAUCAGGUAUGCCAUGAAAGAUUAUCCAGUUGAUCAAAAAAAAAAAAAAAAGAGCGGGAACUGAACGAGCCUGGCAAAUGCACCUCUACAUCAUUGGUGACAUGAUAUAAACAUAAAAUAUAUUGAUAAAGACAUAAAUACAACAUAUUUAUUGAAACAUCUUAACAUCUUUAUUUAAACAAAUAAUAUAAAUUAAAAAAGUGCAUAGAAAAAUUAAACAGGUUUAGAAAUACGUGUACAAAUAUUUACAAACUCAGGGUUUAUUUGUACAUGGUAACAAAGACAUAAAUUUAAAGAUCACAAUUUUCCUCAUUUGUCUUUUACACUUACUUUAAAAUAACCCUACUAUAUAUAUUUAUAUAUUUAUAUAUUUGUGUGUGUGUAUAUAUAACAUAUAGCUUUCUUAACAGAUUCUGGGCAAGAUGGUCUUGAUCUUUUUUUCUUUUUUUUCAGGUUUGAUUACAAUUUUGCAUCCUUCAUUGAAAACACAAACACACACACCUAAAAUGACACAAAGUCAAGUGCUGACAAGCACACACCAGCUCUGCAGACAUUAAAACAGAGUUAUCCUCCAUUUUUGCAUCAGUAUUCCCAAACAUCUGUCAUGACAGCUGAGGUAGAAUCCUUGCAAUGAGUUGUGAGUGACUCUGUUCCGUUUUUUUUUUUUUAGCUAGGUGAUUGACACUAAAUCUGGGCUCCAUCUCAGUGAUUGGACAUGCAGAAUGGACACAGAUGUUGACACAAACAUUGAAAUUCUGCUCAAAAACCUUUGGGGGGUGGGGGGUGGAAUUGGGGAGCAUGGGUUUAAGGAGGCAAACAGUGCUCAAUUUACUUCUGUGGCAAUCUCCAAGACUGUCAGUUAUUUGUCACAACAACAACAAAAAAAAAGAAAUAAAAUUAAGAUAUUCUUUAAAAUACCUGGUUCAAAAUUUUUCAAAAAUAAGGCCAUAAAUGUAUGACUCGAUUGCCUCAACAGAAAAUUCAAGUAAAUUAAAACAAAGGACAACACUUGUAAACAAAACGGGUACUAAAAAUGGAGCUGUACACCCACCACCAUUUAUACAAAACAACCUUUCAGCAUUAAAAGUAAAAAUCAAAAAUGCGAAUAAAUAUCACGACUAAUUUCAAACAGUGUGAAUUCAAUUACGCUCAUUAAAAGACAGUACUGAACAUCACUAAGAACAACAUUUCCUUAUUACCUAAAAUUAGGUGCUGAGUGCAUUCUCCCCGGCUCUGUUUUCCACAUCAAUGGCUUGUUGCGAUGCAAAGUAUGUGCACCAUGUUCACAAAAAGCCUGUUGCAGGAGCUGAACGCACACACUCUGUGGCAAUUCACACCAGCACUCUCUCCCCGAUUUACAGAUAAACAGUAGCGGGUUUCGCAAAAUGGGAAUUCGUGCGGCCGUUUAUGUGCAACUGUGGGGCAGUCUUGCUGGAAUAGCUAACGAGUAGAGCCGAAUAAAUAACUUUCUAAAACGUUUUGGUUUGGAUAGUGUUUGCUACAUACACUGUACAUCAAAGAAGCCUAUUAAUUUCACUGAAAUGUUUAUCUCUAAAAAUGGACAGAGAAGAUGAUGAGUUAUCCAAUGUUGUUAAGUACUGCCAGAGAGCAUUUAUUUAAAAUAUGUGUUCUGAAAAGGGUGAACACCCAGCUAAACCAAGUAUUAACUGCAGGACAUCUCAGUCCUGAGAAUACCUUUCAAUGCUUAGCACCAUGGUUGUCAUCUGGAAGGGGGGAAAAAAGCAAUAAAACAUGUCCACAAAACGAAACGUGUCAAAAAGUAAAAUAAGGUUCGGGUGAAAUGUAUGGCUGAAGAACUGACCUCACUACAACACAGACAGGGCAUUAAUGUUCCCUUCAACUACCAGAUGGAGCAAAGAUGAUUACGAAUGUACUACAGAAAGACAACUCCUCUCCUCCGGAAAAAGACCAAAACCUAAGGUAUCUCUGAAAGCCAAGCAGUAGCUUUUCAGCAUUGAUUUUCAACAAAUAAGGCUUGAUGUGUGUAUCCAAGAAAUGUGGCCCCAACCAUAUUAUAAAUAAUCAAAACGUGAGACGUCGUCACAGGCAGCCAAGGGUACCGUUCUAACACGCAUCAGUGUAGGACAACCUCCUCUUCUGCUCCUCCGAUCCAUGCACACGGAACAAUGUCAACUUGUCUCAAAAGUAGCUGAGUGCCUUCAACAUGUCGGGAGCUCCAUCCAGUGCCACCUUAAUUUAAGGCUUUCGAGUAAACAAGAAUCUCUCCGUUUCAAACAACGACCGAUCUCUCAGUUGAGGAAACGUCGACAGCGCCGGGCGCCGCAGUUACAGUUGAGCUUGUUGCUGGCGUCCUCAAUAGGGAACUUGUAGUCAUAGGUCAGCUCCUCUCCCCUGUAGAUCUUCCUCAAAGCAAAGAUGACUAUGUGCUUGCGGCCCUCCACAUUGAUCACUCGCGAGUAGCAGUUGGGCUCACAUGAGUGGUUGAUGAAUCUGGCCGCGUUGCCGUGCAUGGUCGCAUCCACCACAUCAAAAUCAUCGAUACGGAACAUGUAACAGCCAAUACCCUGGCAAAACAGAACACAACAAACUCAUUUGGUCCCUUUCUUGUCUACUUUUCAUUUUAUAUAAUGCAGAGUUCCACAGUUUAAUGUUCAUUCCCUUGCUAUAUCGUAUGCCUUCUGUGUAGUACCACUGUGUCAAAGAUGCAGCGUUAUUAAAAGCAAGAAGAAAGGCCAGAGAAGGUCCCAGACUAAUGGUACCAGACAGAAAGGCCCGCCACACACAGAGCGACGCGACUUAAUUACAGUUCCCCGCCACACACCUACUAAUGCGCUGCAAUAGAAAAACUGCAACCCCUGAUGCCACUGUAUACCGGACUGUCAUAUUUUUUUAUUAAACCACGAAAAAAAUGGUGUGAUUGUCAAGGAAGAUGCGGAUCUCUCUGGCUUCUGUAGCUCUAUCAUAAUGCAAGGGAAGGAGACUGUCAUAAAUAAAUGAGUAUGUAUAUUUGAGAGGCUGUUUAUUAAUUAAUAGUUGUUUCCACAGGCCAGAGAGAAUAUAUGCCCGUAAGUAUUGUUGCAUGCACUAUUUGUAUGUGUUUUUGCUCCGUGGGUGUUAAAGUUGCAGCUGUUUGAAGGUUUAGAAUUACUGUAACAGCCAUGCUAAUUUCUAUUAGCCUGUCUAUGGGUUUGUUUAUGUGUUUGUUUGUUUUCAUUGAUUUGAAUUUGUUUGACAUUAUAUGUUAGGUUUAAGGCUAUCGGACUUCCAUGAGACAAAAAUAUGUUGUUUGGAUGAACAUUUUGGUGUUUAACGAUACAAUGUUUAAUUCUCUUUUGUUGUAUCUGUGAGUUGUGCAGUAAACUAGCUGGGAGUGACAAACGGCUUGAAGCAA